GGAGUGCAAGCGCAAGAGCCGGAGCUAGAGGCCGAGCGUCAAUUGAAAGGUCUCUCCGCAUUGGUGGGAAGGAAAGCGCAGGCGCGUGUCCUCAGUGGAGCCGAAUGUUUUGGGAGUGCGAGUGUUUUGAGCGAAGGAAAGCGUGUGAUGUGCGGCGCGCAUGGGCAGAAUGUGCGCAGGCGCCGGCUCGGCGUGGCUUCUUCCUUGCCAGACGGACGCUGCGCAGUCACGCCAGGUUUGAACCGGAAGCGGGAAUAGGUGCGUGGAUAACGGGUUCGAGAAGCUGCAGCCGCAGGAGGAGCCGAGAGGAUCUCGGGUUUGAGCAGCAGCCGUUGCCGACUCAGGCGAUACGACUCUGGCCACCAGUGCCGUUACCGUCAGAGCCCAGCGACAGUGAUGUAUGGCCUGAGAUUCUGAACCAUGAGUCUAGCACUUAAUGAUCUGCUUAUUUGCUGCCGUCAUCUGGAACAUGACAGGGCCACAGAACGACGGAAAGAAGUUGAGAAAUUUAAGCACCUUAUUCGGGAUCCUGAAACAGUUCAGCAUUUAGAUAGGCAUUCAGAUUCCAAACAAGGAAAAUUUUUGAACUGGGAUGCUGUUUUUAGAUUUCUACAGAAAUACAUUCAGAAAGAAACAGAAUGCCUGAGAACAGCAAAACCAAAUGUAUCGGCUUCAACACAAUCCUCCAGGCAGAAAAAGAUGCAAGAAAUCAGUAGCUUGGUCAAAUACUUCAUUAAAUGUGCAAAUAAAAGAGCACCCAGGCUAAAAUGUCAAGAACUCUUGAAUUAUAUCAUGGAUACAGUGAAAGAUUCAUCUAAUGGUGCCAUUUAUGGAGCUGAUUGUAGCAACAUACUGCUCAAAGAUAUUCUUUCAGUGAGAAAAUACUGGUGUGAAAUAUCUCAGCAACAGUGGCUUGAAUUGUUGUCUGUGUACUUCAGGUUGUAUUUCAAACCAUCACAGGACAUUAAUAGAGUUUUAGUCGCCAGAAUAAUUUACACUGUGACCAAAGGGUGCUGUUCACAAACUGAUGCAUUAAAUCCCAAAUUUUUGGAUUUUUUUUCCAAGGCUAUUCAGUGUGCAAGACAAGAGAAGAGCUCUGCAGGCCUAAAUCAUGUCUUAGCAGCCCUUAUUAUCUUCCUCAAGACUUUGGCCGUCAACUUUCGAAUUCGAGUGUGUGAAUUAGGAGAUGAAAUUCUUCCUACAUUGCUUUAUAUUUGGACUCAACAUAGACUCAAUGAUUCCUUAAAAGAAGUGAUUAUUGAAUUAUUUCAACUGCAAAUUUAUAUCCAUCAUCCAAAGGGAGCCAAAACCCAAGAAAAAGGUGGUUAUGCAUCAACGAAAUGGCAAAGUAUCUUAUACAAUUUAUAUGAUCUGCUAGUGAACGAGAUAAGUCAUAUAGGAAGUAGAGGAAAAUAUUCUUCAGGAUCUCGUAAUAUUGCUGUUAAGGAAAACUUGAUUGAGUUGGUGGCAGAUAUUUGUCACCAGAUUUUUAAUGAAAAUACCAGAUCUUUGGAGAUUUCUCAGUCUUACACUACCACACAAAGAGAACGUAGCGAUCACAGUGUACCUUGCAAAAGGAGGAGAGUAGAAUUAGGCUGGGAAGUAAUUAAAGAUCAACUUCAGAAAUCACAGAAUGAUUUUGAUCUUGUGCCUUGGUUACAGAUUGCAACCCAGUUAAUAUCAAAGUAUCCUGCAAGCUUACCUAACUGUGAGCUAUCACCAUUACUGAUAAUACUAUGCCAGCUUCUACCUCAACAGCGACGUGGGGAACGUACACCAUAUGUGUUACGAUGUCUUAUGGAAGUUGCAUUGUGUCAAGGCAAGAUUUCAAAUCUAGAAAGCUCACAAAAGUCAGAGUUAUUGAAACUCUGGUUUAAAAUUUGGUGUAUUGCCUUUCGCAGUAUAAGUUCUGAACAAACACAAGCUGAAAACUUUGGCUUACUUGGAGCCAUAAUUCAAGGCAGUUUAGUUGAAGUUGAUAGAGAAUUCUGGAAGUUAUUUACUGGGUCAGCCUGCAGACCUUCAUGUCCUGCAGUAUGCUGUUUGACAGUGGCACUGACCAUAUGUGUAAUUCCGGAAACAGCAAAAGCAAGAGUAGAGCAAAAUAUCUGUGAAGUGAAUAGAAGUUUUUCAUUAAGGGAAUUGAUAAUGAAAUGGCUCAUAUUCUAUCAGUUAGAGGAUGACCUAGAAGACAGUACAGAGCUGCCUCCAAUUCUUCACAGUAAGUUUCCGCAUCUUUCACUGGAGAAAAUUCUUGUGAGUCUCACUAUGAAAAACUGUAAAGCUGCAAUGAAUUUUUUGCAAAGCGCACCAGAAUGUGAGCAACAUCAAAAAAGUAAAGAAGAGCCUUCAUUCUUAGAAGUAGAAGAACUGUUUCUUCGGACAACUUUUGACAAAAUGGAUUUUUUGACCAUUGUGAAAGAAUGUGCUACAGAAAAGCACCAAUGCAGCAUCGGAUUUUCUGUCCACCAAAAUCUCAAGGAAUCACUGGAUCGCUAUCUUCUGGCAUUAUCAGAACAACUUCUAAAUAAUUACCCAUCCGAGACUACAAAUUCAGAAGUACUUGUGCAGUGUUCAAGUCUUUUGGUGGGUGUUCUCGGCUGCUAUUGCUACAUGGGUGUAAUAGCUGAAGAAGAAGCGUAUAAAUCAGAAUUAUUCCAGAAAGCCAAGUCCCUAAUGCAAUGCGCAGGAGAAAGUAUCACUAUGUUUAAAAAUAAGACAAAUGAGGAAUCUAGAAUUGGUUCAUUGAGAAAUGUGAUGCUUCUAUGUACAAGUUGCUUGUGCAACUGUACCAAGCACAAUCCAAAUAAGAUCACAUCUGGCUUUUUUCUACGAUUGUUAACAUCAAAGCUAAUGAAUGACAUUGCAGAUAUCUGUAAAAGUUUAGUAUCGUUUAUCAGAAAGCCAUUUGACUAUGGAGAAGUGGAAUCGAUGGAAGAUGAUAGUGAUGAAAAUCUAGUGGAGGUGGAGGAUCAGUCACCCGUGAAUCUGUUUGAUGCUGCACAUGAGUCUGGAGAGAGCCAAAGCAUAACUGGUGCCAUAAGCCCUUUAGCAGAAGAAUAUCUGUCAAAGCAAGAUCUGCUUUUUUUAGACAUGCUCAAGUUCUUAUGUAUGUGUGUAACUACCGCCCAGACCAAUGCAGUAUCAUUCAGAGCAGCUGAUAUUCGGCGGAAACUGUUAAUGUUAAUUGAUUCUAGCACUCUAGAUCUUACUAAAUCCCUUCACCUACACAUGUAUCUAGUGCUUUUGAAGGAGCUUCCAGGAGAAGACUGUCCCUUGCCAAUGGAAGAUGUUGUUGAGUUUCUGAAACCACUAUCCAAUGUAUGUUCUUUGUAUCGCCGUGACCAAGAAGUUUGUAAAACAAUUUUAAACCAUGUCCUUCAUAUAAUAAAAAACCUGAGUCAAGGCAGCCUGGACAAUGAGAACACCAGGGAUGCUCAAGGACAGUUUCUAACAGUAAUUGGAGCAUUUUGGCACUUAACGAAGGAGGGGAAGUGCACGUCUGCUGUAAAGGUGGCGCUAGUGAAAUGCCUGAAGACUCUGCUCGAGGCUGAUCCUUAUUCAGAAUGGGCUAUUCUCAAUGUAAUGGGAAAAGACUUCCCUGUAAAUGAAGUAUUUCCAGAAUUUCUUGCUGAUAAUCAUCACCAGGUUCGAAUGUUGGCCGCAGAGUCAGUCAGUAGAUUAUUCCAGGAUAUGAAGCAACAAGAUUCUUCCAGGUUAUUGAAAGCACUUCCUUUGAAGCUUCAGCAGACAGCUUUUGAAAAUGCAUACUUGAAAGCUCAGGAGGGAAUGAGAGAAGUGUCCCACAGUGCUGAAAACCCGGAGCUUUCUGAUGAGCUUUAUAAUAGAAAAGCCGUUUUACUGAUGAUGAUAGCUGUGGUUUUACACUGUAGCCCUAUCUGUGAAAAACAGGCUUUGUUCGCCCUAUGCAAAUCUGUGAAAGAGAAUGGAUUAGAACCUCACUUCAUUAAAAAGGUUUUAGAGAAGGUGUCUGAAACUUUUGGAUAUAGACAUCUAGAAGAUUUCAUGACUUCUCACUUAGAUUAUCUAGUUUUGGAGUGGCUAAAUCAUCAAGAUACUGAAUACAGCUUAUCUUCUUUUCCUUUUAUUUUAUUAAACUACACAAAUGUUGAGAAUUUCUACAGAUCUUGUUACAAGGUUUUGAUCCCACAUCUGGUGAUUAGAAGUCAUUUUGAUGAGGUGAAGUCCAUUGCUAAUCAGAUUCAAGAGGAUUGGAAAAGCCUUCUAACAGACUGCUUUCCGAAGAUUCUUGUAAAUAUUCUUCCUUAUUUUGCCUAUGAGGGUACAGGAGACAGUGGGAUGUCACAACAAAGAGAGACUGCUGCCAAAGUCUAUGAUAUGCUCAAAGAUGAAAGCUUGUUAGGAAAACAGAUUGAUCAUUUAUUCAUUAGUAAUUUGCCAGAGAUUGUGGUGGAAUUAUUGAUGACAUUACAUGAACCAGCGAAUUCCGGUGCCAGCCACAGCACUGACCUCCGUGACUUUUCAGGGGACUUGGAUCCUGCUCCCAAUCCACCCCAUUUUCCAUCUCAUGUGAUUAAAGCAACAUUUGCCUACAUCAGCAAUUGUCAUAAAACCAAGUUUAAAAGCAUUUUAGAAAUUCUUUCCAAAAGCCCAGAUUCCUACCAGAAAAUUCUUCUAGCCAUAUGUGAGCAAGCAUCUGAGACAAAUAAUGUGUAUAAAAAGAAUAGAAUUCUUAAAAUAUAUCACCUAUUUGUUAGUUUAUUACUGAAGGAUAUAAAAAGUGGCUUAGGAGGAGCUUGGGCCUUUGUUCUUCGAGAUGUUAUUUAUACUUUGAUUCACUAUAUCAACAAAAGGCCUUCUCGCUUCAUGGAUGUGUCCUUACGUAGCUUCUCCCUUUGUUGUGACCUGUUAAGCCGGGUUUGCCAGACAACAGUGACUUACUGUAAGGAUGCUUUAGAAAGCCACCUUCACGUUAUUGUUGGUACACUUAUACCCCUUGUGGGUGAUCAGCUGGAGGUUCAGGAACAGGUAUUGGACUUGUUGAAAUACCUAGUGAUAGAUAACAAGGAUAAUGAAAACCUCUAUCUCACAAUUAAACGUUUAGAUCCUUUUCCUGACCAUGUUGUUUUUAAGGAUUUGCGUAUGACUCAGCAGAAAAUCAAAUACAGUAGAGGGCCUUUUUCACUCUUGCAGGAAAUUAAACAUUUUCUUUCAGUAAGUGUUUAUGAUGCACUUCCAUUGACAAGGCUUGAAGGACUGAAGGAUCUUCGGAGACAACUGGAGCAACAUAAAGAUCAGAUGAAGGAUCUGAUGAGAGCUUCUCAGGAAAACCCACAAGACGGCAUUGUGGUGAAGCUGGUUGUGAGCUUGUUGCAGCUAUCCAAGAUGGCAGUAAAUCACACUGGGGAAAGAGAAGUUUUAGAGGCUGUUGGAAGCUGUUUGGGAGAGUUGGGUCCUGUAGAUUUCUCAACCAUAGCUAUACAACAUAGUAAAGAUGCAUCUUAUAAUAAGGCCAAUGAGUUAUUUGAAGAUAAAGAACUUCAGUGGAUUUUCAUAAUGCUGACCCAUCUGAAUAAUACACUGGUAGAAGAUUGUGUCAGAGUUCGAUCAGCUGCUGUCACCUGUUUGAAAAGCAUUUUAGCCACAAAAGCUGGACAUAAUUUCUGGGAGAUUUAUAAGAUGACUACUGAUCCCAUACUCACCUAUCUACAGCCUUUUAGAACAUCGAGAAAAAAGUUUUUAGAAGUACCCAGACUUAAUAAAGAAAAUCCUUUAGAAGACCUGGAUGAUCCAAGUUUGUGGACUCCUCAAAGUGAAAAUCAUGAUGUUUGGAUAAAAACACUGACUUGUGCUUUUUUGGAUAGUGGAGGCAUAAAAAGUGAAGUUCUUCAGUUAUUAAAGCCAAUGUGUGAAGCGAAAACUGACUUUUGUCAGACAGUGCUUCCAUACUUGAUUCAUGAUAUUUUGCUGCAAGAUACAAAUGAAUCGUGGAGAAAUCUGCUUUCUACGCAUAUUCAGGGAUUUUUCACCAACUGCUUCAGACAUUUCUCACAAACCAGCCAGCCCACAACCCCUGUGAAUUUGGAUUCAGAGUCGGAACACAUUUUCCGUGGCUGUAUGGAUAAAAAAUCACAAAGAACAAUGCUUGCUGUUGUGGACUACAUGAGAAGACAAAAGAGACCUUGCUCAGGAACAGUUUUCGAUGAUGCUUUCUGGCUGGAUUUGAACUAUCUAGAGGUUGCCAAGGUCGCUCAGUCCUGUGCUGCUCACUUUACAGCAUUGCUCUAUGUAGAAAUCUAUGCAGAUCGGAAAAACAUGGAUGAUCAAGAGAAAAGGAGUCUUAUAUUUGAAGAAGGAAGCCAGAGUACAACUAUUUCUAGUUUGAGUGAAAAAAGUAAAGAAGAAACUGGAAUAAGUUUACAGGAUCUUCUUUUAGAAAUCUACAGAAGUAUAGGAGAGCCGGAUAGCCUGUAUGGCUGUGGUGGAGGGAAAAUGUUACAACCUCUUACUAGAAUAAGAACAUAUGAACAUGAAGCUAUGUGGGGAAAAGCCUUAGUAACAUAUGACCUCGAGACAGCAAUCACCUCAUCAACCCGCCAGGCAGGAAUAAUUCAGGCCCUGCAGAAUUUGGGACUCUGCCAUAUCCUUUCCACCUAUUUAAAAGGAUUAGAUCAUGAAAAUAAAGAGUGGUGUGCUGAACUGCAGGAGCUUCAUUACCAAGCAGCAUGGAGGAAUAUGCAGUGGGACCAGUGCAGUUCUGUCAACAGAGAACUAGAAGGAACCAGUUAUCACCAAUCAUUGUACAAUGCUCUGCAGUCUCUAAGAGACAGAGAGUUUUCCACAUUUUAUGAAAGUCUUAAAUAUGCAAGAGUGAAAGAAGUGGAAGAGCUGUGUAAGGGCAGCCUUGAGUCUGUGUAUUCACUCUACCCCACCCUUAGCAGAUUGCAGGCUAUUGGAGAGCUGGAAAACGCUGGGGAGCUUUUCUCAAGAUCAGUCACAGAUAGGCAACUCUCUGAAGUAUAUGUGAAGUGGCGGAAACACUCCCAGCUUCUCAAAGACAGCGAUUUUAGUUUUCAGGAGCCUAUCAUGGCUCUGCGCACAGUCAUUUUGGAGAUCCUGAUGGAAAAGGAAAUGGAAAGCUCCCAAAGAGAAUGUUUUAAAGACAUUCUUACCAAGCACCUUGUAGAACUCUCUGUACUGGCCCGAACUUUCAAGAACACUCAGCUCCCUGAAAGGGCAAUAUUUCAGAUUAAACAGUAUAACUCAACUAGUUGUGGAGUCUCUGAGUGGCAGCUGGAGGAAGCGCAAGUGUUCUGGGCAAAAAAGGAGCAGAGUCUUGCUCUGAAUAUUCUUAAGCAAAUGAUCAAGAAGUUGGAUGCCAGUUGUACAGAGAAUGAACCUACCCUAAAACUGCUAUACACAGAAUGUUUGAGGGUUUGUGGCAACUGGUUAGCGGAAACUUGCUUAGAAAAUCCUGCAGUCAUCAUGCAGACCUACCUAGAAAAGGCAGUGGAAGUUGUUGGAAAUUAUGAUGGAGAAAGCAGUGAUGAGCUCAGAAAUGGAAAAAUGAAGGCUUUUCUCUCAUUAGCACGGUUCUCAGAUACUCAGUACCAGAGAAUUGAAAACUACAUGAAAUCAUCAGAAUUUGAAAACAAGCAAGCUCUUCUGAAAAGGGCCAAAGAAGAAGUGGGCCUCCUUAGGGAGCAUAAAAUUCAGACCAACAGAUACACAGUCAAGGUCCAGCGAGAGCUGGAGCUGGAUGAAUGUGCACUCCGUGCACUGAAAGAGGACCGUAAACGUUUCCUGUGUAAAGCAGUUGAAAAUUACAUCAACUGCUUAUUAAGUGGAGAAGAGCACGAUAUGUGGGUAUUCCGACUUUGUUCCCUCUGGCUUGAAAAUGCUGGAGUUGCUGAAGUUAAUGGCAUGAUGAAGAGAGUUGGAAUGAAGAUUCCAUCAUAUAAAUUUUUGCCUCUUAUGUACCAAUUGGCUGCUAGAAUGGGAACCAAGAUGAUGGGGGGCCUAGGAUUUCAUGAAGUCCUCAAUAAUCUCAUCUCUAGAAUCUCAAUGGAUCACCCCCAUCAUACUUUGUUUAUUAUACUGGCCUUAGCAAAUGCCAAUAAAGAUGAAUUUCUGACCAAACCAGAGGCAGCAAGAAGGAGUAGAAUUACAAAAAAUGCACCCAAACAAAGCUCUCAGCUUGAUGAGGAUCGAACUGAAGCGGCAAACAAAAUAAUACAUACUAUCAAAAGUAGGAGACCUCAGAUGGUCAGAAAUGUCGAGGCACUUUGUGAUGCUUAUAUUCUACUAGCAAACUUAGAUGCCACUCAGUGGAAGACUCAGAGAAAAGGCAUAAAUAUUCCAGCAGACCAGCCAAUUACUAAACUUAAGAAUUUAGAAGAUGUUGUUGUCCCCACUAUGGAAAUUAAGGUUGACCCCACAGGAGAAUAUGGAAACCUGGUGACUAUACAGUCGUUUAAAGCAGAAUUUCGUUUAGCAGGAGGCUUAAAUUUGCCAAAAAUAAUAGAUUGUAUCGGCUCUGAUGGCAAGGAAAGGAGACAGCUUGUCAAGGGCCGCGAUGACCUGAGACAAGAUGCUGUCAUGCAGCAGGUGUUCCAGAUGUGUAAUACAUUACUGCAGAGAAACACUGAAACCAGAAAGAGGAAGCUGACCAUCUGCACAUACAAGGUGGUUCCCCUAUCUCAGCGAAGUGGUGUUCUUGAAUGGUGCACAGGAACUGUCCCCAUUGGCGAGUUUCUUGUUAACAAUGAAGAUGGUGCUCAUAAAAGAUACAGGCCAAAGGAUUUCAGUGCCUUUCAGUGCCAAAAGAAAAUGAUGGACAUGCAAAAGAAGUCUUUCGAAGAGAAAUAUGAAACUUUCAUGGAUAUUUGCCAGAAUUUUCAGCCAGUUUUCCGUUACUUCUGCAUGGAAAAAUUCUUGGACCCAGCUGUUUGGUUUGAGAAACGGUUGGCUUAUACCCGCAGUGUGGCUACUUCUUCUAUUGUUGGUUAUAUACUUGGACUUGGCGAUAGACAUGUACAGAAUAUCUUGAUAAAUGAACAGUCAGCAGAACUUGUACAUAUAGAUUUAGGAGUUGCUUUUGAACAGGGUAAAAUCCUUCCUACUCCUGAAACAGUUCCUUUUAGACUCACCAGAGAUAUUGUGGAUGGGAUGGGCAUCACUGGUGUUGAAGGUGUCUUCAGAAGAUGCUGUGAGAAAACUAUGGAGGUCAUGAGAAACUCUCAGGAAACCCUGUUAACCAUUGUAGAGGUCCUCCUGUAUGACCCUCUCUUUGACUGGACCAUGAAUCCUUUGAAAGCUUUGUAUUUACAGCAGAGGCCAGAAGAUGAAACUGAACUCAACCCUACUCUGAAUGCAGAUGACCAGGAAUGCAAACAAAAUGUCAGUGAUAUUGACCAGAGUUUCAACAAAGUAGCUGAACGUGUCUUGAUGAGACUGCAAGAGAAGCUGAAAGGAGUGGAGGAAGGAACUGUGCUCAGUGUGGGUGGACAGGUGAAUUUGCUCAUACAACAGGCUAUGGACCCCAAAAAUCUUAGCCGACUCUUCCCAGGUUGGAAAGCAUGGGUGUGAUCUUCAGCAUAUGAAUUACCCUUCAACCUUUCAGAAAUUAUAUUUGGCCUUAUUUUUAACCCACCACAUACAUUAAACAGUAGGUAUUAAUAUUUAAGUGAACUAUAGUGCUUUAAAAAAAAAAGUUUGAUUUAAAACCACCCAAGGAUGCUUCGAUACUCUCAAAGAACAUUUCUUCUCUCACAGUUUAGAAAUAGUUGUCAUUUGUGCUAUGCUUCUAGACUAAACUUUUAUAUUUCUUCUCAAAUACAUACGUGUAUCAUUUUCAGUAGAAUCACUAGCUUAUUUAUGCAUUAGCUGAGAGCGGUGGAAGGAGAAGGAGUAUAGACACAUCAGUGCAAUUUUUUCUUGAGUAUUUAUUAGAACAUAUGAAUAUACUGCUAGUUUUGAGGUGGCUUUUAAUUAUAACUUGUUCCCCACAUACUAUAUUUGAAUGAUAAAUUCCUCGAUAUUAAUGUAUAAAAGGGAGGCGAAAACUUUAUAACCAUCUACUUUGUCUCAUGGUAAAUCUCACCUAUAUUAAAAAUAAGAAAGUGUUAAAAUGAGUAGUAUUUAAGAAAUGUGUUUGAAUUUUCAGUAGCAAGGUCACCCAGUAUACUUAAUAAUCAAGUUAAUUAUAUUAUGGAGAACAAAUUUUAAAGAUGUAGUGUGGUUACUGUGUUUUAAAAAUGUAUGUUGGAUUUCUUAUUCUAUUGUCUUUAAGCCCUUCUGUAUUUUCCAUUAUUUUAUCUUUCUGUGAUGCCUUUAUGGUUGUUUUUUCAUAUUUUGUUUUGUUCAUGAAUUCUGUCUUCAGCUGUAUAUAAUCUCCUUUUUAAUCUAAUUACUGGGUUUCUGUCAAAAAAUUUUUUUCUUAUUUCCAGCUAUGUAUCAUUCUUCAGGUCUGCCUGUUACUUGUUUCAUGAUGUCUAGUUUUAACUUUUCAAUUCCUUCUUUUAUGUCCCUAAUCAUUUCAAGGAGCCCUGGUGGCGAAGUGGUUAGGAGCUCAUGCUGCUAACCAAAAGGUCAGCAGGCUGGAUCCACCAGCCACUCCUUAGAAAUCCUAUGGGGCAGUUCUCCUCUGUCCUGUAGGGUUGCUAUGAGUUGGAAUUAACUCGACAGCACACAACAAUAACAAAAAACAUUUUAAGCAUACCUACCUACAUUUGUUUAAUAAUAACUCUAUUAAAUGACAUUUUCAGGGGUCUAAUCCUGCUGUUGUAUUUGUUGGUUAUUUGGUGGACUGUUGUGUAUUUUGUAAUUUUGAAAUGUGAGCUUAUUUUCAGCAGGCUUUAUAUGUAGAAUCCUGAGUAAUUCCUUCCAAAUCAGUUUUGUGUCUGCUUAUGCCUUAGAGGAAACCCUGGUGACAGUAGUGGUUAAGUGCUACGGCUGCUAACUGAAGGGUCGGCAGUUCGAAUCCACCGGGCGCUCCUUGGAAACUCUAUAGGGCAGUUCUACUCUGUCCUAUAGGGUCACUAUGAGUCGGAAUCGACUUGACGGCCCUGGGUUUUUUUUGUUUUUUUUUUUUUAGUACCUUAUAAGGUUAACUAAGUACCUUUUUAUUAUGAGGUGUUGGCAUUUGUUUUUACUGCCACUGCCCAGCACUCACUCAUAUCUGGUCUUCUCACUUUCACUCCCACCUCUCACCCCUCACCAAACAAUCCCCAUAAUGUUUUGGACUAUAAAUUUCUAGAUUCACUUUCUGGGAAAUUUCUUUAAAUCAUUUUCCAUUUCAAAUUACAAAAUUAUCCUGAUUCAUCUUUUUCUUACAAGCUUCCUAAGUGAAUAUUUGAUGCAUGCUGGCAGUUUUUUUUACUGUAGUUAGUGAUUAAGAGAUUGCAAUAAACUUAGAAUGCCUUUAUUUAAGGAAGCCUUGAAAUCAUUACGGAUAGAAUAGGGAAGUUACCAGCUGGAUGAUAGUACAGGUAAAUGAGUUUGUAGCUAAUUCUAGUUACUUGGUGUAUUCAGAGAGCUUUGAAAAACAGAUCAUUAAUCCCUCCUUCAAUCUCGUUUGGUAUACCAUAAGGCUCCUGUCUUACAUAAACGUUCUUAUCACAGUUAAGUCACACCAGAUUUGCAGGGAACAAACCUAAGAGGAAUAGCUAAUUCACAGAAUGACAAGAUUCAUAAAGAUUUUGGCAAGCUGGACCACUAUUUCAAAUGAAUAAGAUAGACAUUCAUCAGGAACACAGGAGUAGUUGGGUUUUUCAGAAAUACUACUGUUUGCUGUGUGCCGAGCACCUGACGUGCAUGACGUGCAGCAUCUCUAAUCCAGACAAGGUUUUGUGGUGCUCGCACAGUUCACAGCUGGAGAAAUGGGAAUCGGGAGAAAUGAGGUUAGCUUGUCCAAGGCUACAAGACAGUAAAUUGCAUGUACAAGUUUAAUAUGGACAAUCUCUAACUUGAGACUAUUUCAAGUGAAAAGAAUCUGGGGACCACCAAUCCGUUGACCACAAGGUCAUUGAGAACCAAGUAGAGAAGCUACUUGAAGAGCUAAUAAACUGUAAACUGCUUGAACAGUUAUGUCCAAAUGAAGGGAGACAAUACCCUCCCACUGUGCGUUGUGCUGCUCACACCAUCUGAAAGUGUGUUGUUCGUGUUUUGUCCACAAAAGUAAUACUAACUGGCUACUAGAUAUUCCUGAAAUCUAUGGUGUAUUCACUGCUCUUUGGGUUUCCAAAAAUGUUGGAUUAUGCUGUUUUCAAAAAACUAAAUCUUUGGGAGCCAUUUACAUACAAAAUUAUAUUCUUGAAUCUUUUCUUAUCCCAUACACAUACCAAGAAUGCUUUCUUAAGAUGCUUCCAGUUGUAGUUUUAUAUCAAAUUCUUCAUCUGUCCCUGGUUGGGGGAGGAGGGGUGGCUUGGGUGUUUGGGGGAGAGAUGAGUAUGUUACUAGGCCACUCAGGGUAUAACUUCAUUUUCUAGGUAGUAGAUUAUGAACCCAAGCUGUCUUACUUACAAUCAUUGCGUUAUAGAAUAGCCUAUUUUAAACCUUAAGAUGCCCCAUGCUUUUCUUUAGACCAUAUUUAAAUUUUUAGCAUAUCAAAAGCUAGUCUUUAAAAAAGUGGAAGGCUAAUAUACUGGCUUCAAAUACAGAAUUAUGUGUCAUUUCACAUAUUUUAAUUGCACCUUAAUGAAAUCAUGUAUUUUAUAUAGACUUAUUUUAGUACUAUUGAAUGUAUUUGUUUAUACUGUUACCUGAGCCCACUGUAAAAUGCAUUUGAAUAAAUAAUAUAAAAAAAAAUCUGUUAAGACUUGUUCAUUUUAUUCAAAUAUUUGUGUUUUCUGUGUGCCAAGUAUGGUGUUGACCCUAAGGAGACAACAGUGAGCCAUGCAGGCAUAGUCUGCCGUCACAGAGCUCACCGUCUGGGGAAGAUGGGCAACUUAAAAUGCAGUGUGAACUGGGAACCCUACUGCACAGAAGCCAGCGUGCUGUGCCUCAGCUCAGUCUAAAUGUUC